AAUCAGUAAUUCAGUUGAAGGAUUUUGUUGUUCAACCAGACACUUGUCAGAGCAAAAGCUGACUGGAGAGAGAACAAAGUUCUUCUGCUAAGGUCAUUCAGGCUACCAUGAGUUCCAGAGCAACCUUAAUUCAUCAAGGUCCUCCAAGACGAUACCGUCUACAUACAGAGAGGAAAAUACUUGAUGAUAAUGGUAAAGUCAGAAUAUGGAGGUAUGGUACAAAAAACACCAGUAAACAAAACAAAAUUAUUCUGCUGGUGGGAGAGACCGGUGCUGGAAAGACCACCCUCAUCAACUCUUUAGUGAACUACAUACUGGGAGUGAAGUUUGAGGAUGAAACAUGGAAUGAAAUCACAGAAGAAGAAGGAGGAGAUCAAACAGAAUCCCAAACCUCUGAAAUCACCAUGUAUGAGGUCUUUCCAGAGGACAGUGCCAUUUCUCUCACCAUCAUUGAUACUCCUGGUUACAGAGGCACUAGAGGACUGGAGAAAGAUCUGGAAUUUGCAGAGAAUUUAUCUGCUCUGUUCCAGAGCAGUGAUGGAGUUCGAGAAGUUGAUGCUGUGUGUUUUGUGAUUCAAGCAUCUAAGAAUCGUCUCUCAGACAGACAACACUACAUUAUCAGCUCAAUUCUGUCUCUGUUUGGGAAAGACAUUGUGAACAACAUUGUGUUUUUAAUCACACACUCUGAUGGUCUUCCUCCUAAAAAUGUCCUCAGUGCCAUUAAUAAAGCUAAAAUUCCCUGCAGACGAGACAGAAGUGGUGAACCUGUUCAUUUCAUAUUCAACAAUCGUCAAGCUGAAGCUCGUCACAAUGAGAAACGCUACACUUGUGCUCAAAGAGACGCCUGGGAAGACUGUAUGGAAGAGACAAAGCAGUUCCUUCAAUCUCUAGAUAAAAAGAACAGACGCAGUUUAGAGCUGACUUCAGAUGUCUUGAUUCAACGCAUUCAGCUAGAAGCUUCCAUCAGCAACUUACAACUGAGAAUUCAAGAAAAAGAGUCGAAGAAGUCUGAAAAAAUUCAGAUUCAGGAGGCAAUCAGGCAAAACAAGGAUGAGAUUGAAAGAAGCACAAACUUUAGCUUUAAACUCAAAAUUACUGUCAAAGAAAAGGUUCCCAUAGUAAAUGCAUCAUGGAAGAACAGAAAGGUGACGACCUGCACCGUCUGUGAAGAAAACUGUCAUGACGUUGACUGCUGGUGGGUUUCUGGUCCCAAGAAGUGUGAAGUCAUGAGAAACGACUACUGCACUGUAUGCACAGGGAAGUGUCACUACAGUAAACACCUUAAAGAGAACGAGAAAUACGUCUUCAGAACCUCAGACAUGGUGAUGAAGUUUGAUGAAUUAUUAAAGGAUCAUGAAAUCCCUCAGAAUAAGAGGUUUUCAGUUGUAAUGGAUGCUCUUGACAAAGAGCUGAAGGAGAUUGAAGAUCAUAUGUUAAUAAUGGUGUUCAAAGCUUACAAAACCAUCAAGAAUUGGUUUCAAAUCUCAUUAAAACCAGACCCUGCCUUGACCCUCCAGCAUCUGGACUUCUUCAUCCCCAGAUUGAGGGAGGCUGGGAAAGAAGACUGGGCUCGAGAGCUCGAGGAAAUGAGGAGAUGGCCAGCAGCUGAAGAAGCCAAUAGAGAUACUCUGAAUUACCUAAAAGCUGGACUGGCUAAACUCCUCCUGGCUGACGAAUUUAAAAAUGCAGAUCAGAUGAACCAAUAAGAACAAAGAACAAUGUUUAGGAUAAGAAAAUGGUACAGGGGCUGAUUUAAAUGAGUGAAAAUACAUGCUUUCUUUUAAUCAUA